AUGGACUCCGAGCUAUUGAACAGCCAGGUAAGAGUGGUUACCAUCUUGAAAGGUCUUGCUGCGGGCCAGAUACUUACCAUGGACCAGAUGGCCGAGGCCAUACAUCGAAUGCAGAAGCUGGUCGGUUGUGGCGUUUUCCAUAUCCAAUCGAUCUGGCUCUUCACCCGCAGUGACCUGAAGACGAUCGUGAUCCCCCAGUCAGCUUUCGGGAUCAUUAAUGCCAUUGCCAGCUCCAACGACUGGCCAGAGGUGCUGAGCCGCGUACCAAUGGUCUUCUUUUGGGUGUGGAUCAACCUGUUGCCUUUCGCGAUCGACAAUCAACGUCAGGCGGAAGCCAUACUCGAAGACCGACACAACAAGCCAUGGCGAACAAUGCCUUCACAGAGAAUGACAGAGGCCCAGGCCAGAAUACUCAUGCUUCUGUUGUAUCCGGUAUCUCUCUUCACGAGCCUGCGGCUGGGAGGAACACGCCAGUGUCUGGCGUUGAUGGUGCUUGGAUAUGGAUACAACGACCUGAAUCUGGCUGACAGGAGCUGGAUCAGCCGGAACGUUAUCAACGCCUUGGGUUUCUGCUCCUUUGCCUCGGGGGCCUUGGAAGUUGCCAUGGACUCGCCCUUAUCAUUUUCAGGGGGAAACAACCAGACUGUUGUCAAAUGGCUUGCUAUGAUUGGCGGCAUUGUCUUCUCAACGGUACAGACUCAGGACAUGGCGGAUCAGGUCGGGGAUAGCUCGAGGGGCAGAAAGUCGAUGCCGUUGGCUCUCGGAGACGGACCGGCUCGAUGGAUGAUUGCGAUUCCCAUGGUUGGAUGGUCGAUAGUCUGCCCCUGGUUUUGGGGUGCGGGUGCUGUGGUACAUGUGGUCGCUGCAUUCUUGGGCCUCUUGAUUGCAUGCAAGACGCUGACAUGGCGUAGCAUUGAGGCGGAUAAGCGGACUUUCCAAUUGUGGAAUCUGUGGAUGGCAGGUCUCUACACUCUGCCUUUGCUCUCUGCAGGUGGGCGGUGA